AGAGAAACACCAACUUUGGAGUUUGGCUUUGGCCACUGCAGUUUUGUGUUGAAAGGAGUAAAGACAUAAACUUUAAGGGCAUUUACACAACAUUGCAGUGCACUUUAUUUGUUAAAAUUUAUUUAUUAAUAGUUGAAUUUAUCGAAUUUAUAUCUUAAUUAUAAACUCAAAAUGGAUGUAUUUCUAAUGAUUCGGCGAAAAAAGAUGACUAUAUUCACUGAUGCAAAGGAUAAUACGACUGUUCUUGAGCUUAAAAAAAUUAUAGAAGGUAUACUAAAAAUUCCGCCGGUGAAUCAACAGUUGUUUAAUAAAGAUAAUGUUGUGAUGGUCGAUAGUAAAUGUCUCUUUGAAUAUGGAUUAACACCAACAACAGCGAAAGCUCAAUGUCCAGCAUUGAUAGGUCUUGCAAUUCGUCAGGAUUCGGGAAAUUUCGAAAAUUUGGAAAUGACACCAUUUUCACUGCCACCUGAUCUUCCUGAUGUGAUGAAAUCACAAGAAACCAAUGGACAAGAGCAAUCUCCUUGAACUCAACACAAUUUUGUGAAACAAAAAAAAACAACAAAAUACCAGAAACAAUUAUUUCACAACAUCUCAUCAAAUUUUGAACGAAUUUCUUCUUGUGAAUCCGAUCAAAGUAAUAAUUGUGAAUACUAGACGAAUACGAA